UGACAGGACCAAAAGCCAAUAGAAACGCUCUGUAGCAUUCGUAGGCGGGGCCUCAUCUGUCGGCGUAAGUCACGUCGACAAUGUCUCCCUAACAACCGACCCUGGGAUUCAAACUGUGGAACUUUUCCAGCGGUCCACACGCCUCGUUAGAGUCGGAAUGGCAGGAACCGGCGAGGGAAAGAAAGAAGAGGCCGACUACAAGAGACUACACAGCUUCCCUCUCAUCAGGCACACAGACAUGCCCGAAGAAAUGAGGGUGGAGACGAUGGAGCUGUGCGUGACUGCCUGUGAAAAGUUUGCCACCAACAAUGAGAGUGCCGCCAAGAUGAUCAAGGAGUCCAUGGACAAGAAAUUUGGCAGUUCUUGGCACGUGGUGAUCGGCGAGGGCUUCGGCUUCGAGGUCACGCACGAGGUGAAAAACUUGCUCUACAUGUUCUUCGGCGGGAGUCUGGCGGUGUGUGUGUGGAAGUGCUCCUAGCAUACACACAAGCUUUUUUUUUGCUUGUCCCACUAUCCAUUCGCCGAAAGAAAACCAGCCGCCGGUUGUACUCUGGCUACAAAAAGUCAGAGGUUUGACUGCUGCUUGGACUUGGGGAGAAGAACUGUCACAUCAAGUCUUCACUUGCAGACACUUGGAACAGGUUCCUGCCUUAUCUUCCAUUUGUCUUUUUUUUCUCAAGGAAUUUCCACGGUGUCACCACUCACUCUGACUAAACAACCUCGCCGGCCAGGGUCUCCAAACACCUUUGUCCCAUUUCCUCUGCAGGGAGUGUUUAGAGUGUGUGUGUGUGUGUGUGCUGGACACACACGUGAACACACUGUUCUUUUUUUAAACCGAUACCAAACAUCACCACCUAAAAUGUCCGUGUCAUCAAGUUUUCUUAUAGUUGGACCCACUUCUCUUUCAAUACAAUGUUUUUUACAUUAAAAAAACAAAACAUGUACAUAGUUGGAUGUGACUUGAAACAACUGGCAUAUUCUUACAAAUGACCUGAUCUACCUUUUUUUUCUUGUUGUAAAGGUUUUUUGUAACCUGGCAUGUUUUACUGCCUUUGUUCCUUAUCAACGGUUCGCGACACAGAAUGAAGGGAAUUAAGAAGCGUGGUCCGCCUUUUACAUGUCGACAAAGGCCGAACUGUGUGCAACAGUAAUGGCUGGGGCAGAGUUGGGGAAUUUUUGCCUUCCUAAGGCAAUAUCAGAGCCAUAACAUGAGGAACAAUCGCCUGUGUCCAACGUUAUUCACCACACCAGGCCUGGAGUGUGAAGUAGAAUACCAAACCCUCACUUCUCCCAACCCGUUGUCGCUGUCCGACAAGCAUUUUAUGCCGAGCAUUCGAUGCUGACGUCGGCAAUUUCUUUACGUACACACAGCAGUGGCAAUAAUCCCCGCGCCUUGAGCCCGGGGGUCUGUGUCAAAGGUGAAGAAAUUCAGAAUCUUUUGUUGCUGCAAUUGUCAGCAAGAGUUUCCGUGCAAGAGGUUAUUGUACGUGCAAGAGAUCAAUGUGAUAUACAUAGUGAGGGAUAAUAAAACUCAGAAAUGUGAAA